CCAGGUCGUCUCAAGAUGGCGGAGAUGCCCCUGUACUUUGUGGACUUGCAGGAUGACUUAGACGAUUAUGGAUUUGAGGACUAUGACCCUGACUGCAAUGGCAUGAGGGUGACAGCCUUCUUGGACAUCCAGGCCAGGACAACCUGUCUCCCCUCGCUCAUCUGCAAAAGUAUGCUUUUUCAGCAGUCACAUCUUCAAUUGAUGGAGGUGCACCCUGAUUGCAUUACCUGCUCGGAACGCAUGCUGGAGUGGACACACGUGUGGACCCUUUCUCGUAGCCACUGCCAGGUUAUGGCCCGAGGGCUCCUUGCUAUCUUCCUGGACUUCAGUAACAAUGAAGAAGACUUCCUAACAGUAAUGGGGAUCAUGGUCAGAUUGUCAGAAGAUGCAGAGCCCACAGUGCGGACUGAGCUGAUGGAGCAGAUUCCUCCUCUUGCCAUUUUUCUACAAGAAAACAGAUCAGAUUUUCCAGUGGUGCUCUCUGAAUGCCUCAUACCCGUCAUGGUGAGGUACCUCACAGAUACAGACAAUCAGAUAAUCUGCAAGCUGUCGUCAGUGCUGAGCAAGUGCACAGUUGAACGCCUGCUGUUCCCUCGAUUCUGUGAACUGUGUGGCUACGGGAAGCUCUUUCAAGUUCGGAAGGUUCUCCAGGCUGCCUUCCAGUCCCUGGGCCCCUUCAUCUCCACCUUUGCCAACCCCUCCAGGGCUGGCCUCUAUAUUCAGGAAGAUGGUACCUUGAACAUCUGACCACCGGCUCCGGGUUUGGACUCGGACAUCAGCCUGGGCUACUGGGUGCAGGCAGCUGUGGGGACACAGCCUCCGCCUGGGUCCAGGCGAACCCAGCAGUGGGAUGAGGGACCUCUGGGAGACUGAUCAGAACCAUGGCUCCAGUCCCUUUGAAGAGAAUAAAUCUAAAUUACAGGACAAUACCUCCGCCCCUGCUAGAUCAGUACGUGUCCAUGACUGGCCCAGCUCGAGCGCAGAUCGUCAAUACCAACAUAGCCAAACACUGCGCCUGCAGCCUCCCCGGGGGUGGCACUCACCCUGGGCCGGCAGAAUUGGCACUGCCUGAAAGAUACAUACAAGACACUGGCCUCCGACAUGCAGUGGAAAGUCCUGCGCACCCUGGCCUUCUUCCAUGAGCUUGCUGUGAUCCUUGGGGAUCAGUUAACAGCAGCUCACCUGCUGCCUGUCUUCAACGGAUUUCUAAAGGACCUGGAUGGAGUACAAAUAGGAGUUCUCAAACACCUGUAUGACUUUCUAAAGAGUUCUAAUGCCAUGGAGAAUUACACUCCGGGAAAGGAGAAGCUGAGCUCCCCGGCGGCAUGUGCCUUGCUCAGGGUCAUCUAAGGGAAGAGCCCGGCUGAAAUCCAAUCUCAGUUCUGCAUGAAGAGCUUUUUCUUGCAAGAUGGUGCUGAUUGCCUCCUUGCCUUUUUUUCUCCCCUCCUAAAGGAAUGAUGAGUGUAAAACUGAGAGUUUAAAAAUGACCUCAAGAAACUAAUUAGUCGCAUCCAGACGACCGGGAGCUGCCCUUGACAGAGCUGGGUGCCUGCUGCUUGGCUGGUGUGGGCACAGCGCGGGCGAGCAGUGCCUCCUCCCCAGGCAGCAGCGUGGCAUUAUCUCCCGAGCACACACAGGCCUGUUUUUUUUUUUUUUUUUUUCAGGCAGGAAAUUGUGAAAGAUGGAAGAGUGGAGGGCGUGUAGAAACACACAAGCACAUACAUGAAACAGGGGAGAAGGGUUGGAAGCAGUCAGGGAGGCACUGUCCGUGUGUUCACAGCAAAGCUAAUUCACAGCCACUCUGCAAAUGGAGGGAGACACAGGCGUCAGGGAGACACUCGGCUAUGGCCAGGGACAGAUGUAUAACCUGAAGUUUAUAAUAAAACAGAGUAUUGGGGGGCAUUCUGGAGGAUUAUAUAUUCUUAUUUAUGUGUAAAUUUUUAAAAACUAGUUGCUUCAUGAAGACAAGAGAAGAGAAUAUAUUUAUCAGCUUCAAGAAUUUGUAGUGACCGAUAACAGCAGGAAUUGGAGGUUUCCAUAUGAACUAGCAGAGUGGCAAUUCUGCAGAAGUUCUAUUCAAACAAUGACAGUGCACUGGGG